AUGGCACCCAAUACAAGCAAAGAUGUCAUCGAUGUCGAUUUUGUAGAGGCGGAAGAAUCAAAAUUGGAGAAAUUGGUAGAUUCUCUCACAUUAGUUAUCGCAUUUUUUGGUGUAAGUGCUGGAAAUCAUCGUCUCUGGUCCCACAAAGCAUUUAAGGCCAAACUUCCCUUGCAAAUUAUACUGAUCAUUGCAAGUUCUUUAACAUUCCAGUUUAGUGUUUUGAAUUGGGUCAGAGAUCACCGUUUACAUCAUAAGUAUACCGAUACAGAUGCAGAUCCACACAAUGCGGCUAGAGGGGUUUUCUUUUCACACCUAGGCUGGUUGCUCGUCAAGAAGCAUCCGGAAGUAAAAAGACGUGGAAAAUUUACUGACAUGAGAGAUGUCAACGCAAAUCCAGUUUUGAGGUUUCAAAAUAAGUGGACAAUACCCUUUACUGGUAGUAUAUGUUUUAUAAUACCAACUUUGAUACCUAUGUACUUCUGGAACGAGGGGCUAAACGUGGCGUGGCAUCUUAGUCUUCUCAGAUUCGUUGCAUCUCUCAACCAAGUAUUUCUGAUUAAUAGUUACGCACAUUCCGUAGGGACUAGGCCAUAUGACAAGGGCAUAUUACCUACUGAUAAUAGAUCAUUUAAUGUUGCUGUCCUGGGGGAUGGAUUCCAUAACUUUCAUCAUGCAUUCCCCUGGGACUAUAGGUCUGCAGAAUUGGGGACUUUGUUUUUUAUUCCAACUACUUGGUUAAUCGAAUUAUUUGCUAAGAUUGGAUGGGCAUACGAUCUAAAGACUGCGUCACAAUCUGUAAUAGAAGGCAGGGCUCAACGAACGGGUGAUGGUACCCGGGUUCAAAAUAAGUCUGAUUUAAACGUUAAUUCCUAAUAGUUUAUUUAACUAAUUAUGCA